AGCAACUAAUGGUAAUUUAUCUUUUAAUUGGAUUAAGAGAUUUUAAGUUUAAAUCGGAAGCAUAUAAAUAUAAGUAAUUGUAUUAUUCAAUAUUUUAAAAAAUAAAUAAAUAAAUAAUCCCUUCAGGCCUACACAUCUCUUUAGUUUUCUCACAAAUCAUAAUAUGCCAAUAGAUCCACUUGAGGCAGCAGAACCAUGCCCUUCUGAGGCAUCUAGCAUCUCAGCAGCAGCCUCAGAUCGGCGCAAGGAUGUUGGAGACAAGAAAAUGCAGAAGAAGAUGUUUGGAGAAGAAGAUCCCAAAGGAUCAUCUUCGAAUCAAGUCUUAGAGGCAUCCGAUGAAAGGGUGUUACUUGAUUUGAAGCUGUCCAACAAUGGUUCUUCUUCAUCUGUUGGUGGGGCACCAAAGGGGGAACUCAACUUUGUUUCCCAAGUAAUUGAGUCAUCCAAUGACGAGGGAUCUGAACAAGGUAGGGUUUUCUCAUGCACUUAUUGCAAGAGGGAAUUUCCUACUUCCCAAGCACUUGGUGGGCACCAAAAUGCUCAUAAACAAGAGAGGGCAUUAGCCAAAAGGCGACAAGAAUUGGAAAUGGGUGCUUUUGGGCAUCCUCACUUUCCUUAUUACCCUUAUUAUUCAAGCCUUAAUUCACACCCUUAUUAUGGCUCCGGCUCACUAAAUAGAUCAGCACUCGGAAUCAGAUUAGACUCCAUGAUUCACAAGCCUUCAUCAUAUCAAUGGACGUCACUCGGAUCUCGUUUAGGGUAUCCCGCGUGGUCCAGAAAUGCCCUUAUGAACCCACAAUUGGGAGUUCAUAACAAUAUUGGAGGAUUUGGAAUUUCUAGACCUCCUACUUCUUUUACCUCCUCCUCAUCAAGUGUCAUUCCAGAGAACAUCGGUGGGGCACAUGGUUUCUUGGGGAUUUCUCCAGCAAAUGCUGCAAUUAAUAAUAGGCCCGCUGCUGCUAGGAGUGAUCAAGCUGAUCCUUCAGGGCUUGAUUUGUCUCUUAAGCUUUGAUUUAUUUAUUUAUUUGUUAAUUCCUGUCGUGGGAGCCAAAAAGGAAAAAAAAAAAAAAAGUCCUGUUGUGUGUGUUUUACAUUGUACUUCGUGUGUUUAUAAAUAAAGGGUUAUUUAAUGU